AAGGCUCUGCUCUAUCCGUCUCCCUCUGCUCCCUCUCUCUCUCUCUCUCUCUCUCUCUCUCUCCACAUCAACUUACCCAUCGGUCCAAUGUUCUCUCAAAACAUUUCUCUCCCUAAAACCCUAAACCCUCCGGUCUCUCCUCGCCAAUGGAAGCUUUCUAAUCCUCUCCACAAAACCAUAAACCCAACUCGUCCACCCCAAAACCCUAGACCUUUCUCUAUCCAAUCAUUCUUCCAAAGCACUAAGCUCCCGAUUCCCGGUCAAAAUCACACUCACCGGCAGUCUGUCCGGUCAUUUGCGGGCCGGCGUAAGAGACCCUUCCCUGAGCGAAUCGAGGGCACUGAGGAGCUUAUGCGGAAGGCAAAGCGUAGUGCCCGCCGGAAAGCCAAAAAGUACGCCGAGUCCUUCUUCUACCGCCUAAAGAAUCCAAACUCUAAUUACCCAAAUAACUUCUCCGAAGAAGAGCUCCAGAUGAUCGGCCUUGGCUACGACCGCAUGGUCCGAUUCAUGGAAAAAGAUGACCCGAAUCUUCGACACCCUUACGACUGGUACAAAUAUGGUGAAUUCGGGCCGUACUCAUGGCGCGGAAUCGUGCUAGGCGACCCAAUUCGAGGGGGAAUGUCCGACGAAUGCGUGACAUUAAUUGGAGAAGUUCGCGAUCAUGAGGAGUGGGAAAAGAUUGAGCAGUUUGAACUGGCUACGGAAUUCGGACAGAGGUUGAAGAAAAUGGAUAGUAGUGUUGGGUUCAGACAUUUUUGGGUUUUUGUACGACAUCCGCGGUGGAGAAUUUCGGAAAUGCCCUGGCAACAGUGGACAUUAGCUUGCGAGGUUGUGCUGGAGGCCGGAAAGCAGAGGCUGGAUAAAUGGAGUCUGAUGGCUAGGCUUGGGAAUAAGGCGAGACAAAUGAUUACACGGUGUGCCGCGUGGAUGAGGCCUGAUAUAAUAUACGUGAAGAGACCUGUGUACCAGUGCAGGUUUGAGCCUCAGGAUGAGUUCUUUGAGGCGAUGAUACCCUUGCUUGAUCCAGAGACAGAAGGAAAUCACAUGUUUGAGUUGGAGACUGAUGACGGGAGGGUUGAGUUGUGUACCUAUUUUGGAGGAUUGUGCAAGAUUGCCAGGGUGAAUCCAAAGGCUUUCGUGGAUGAUGUUGUGAAGGCAUAUGAGAAGUUGAGUGAUGAGAAGAAGUCGAAGUGUUUGGAGUUUUUGUUGACAAAUCAUCCUGUUCCGCUUUUGCACCCUUACACCGAGGAAUGGAAAGCUAAACUGGAGGAAAUGGAGUUGGGUUGUGACGCUCCGGAUAGUGGUGAUGAUAAUAGUAAUAUGUCAGAAAACAUAAUCACAGAGUGGAUUGAGGAUGACGACGAUGAUGGUGGUGGUGGCGGUGAUGGUAACCAGGGUGAGACAGAGAGUGAAGUCACUGAUUGGAUGCGGGAGGAUGGGGAUGAUGGUGGCAAUGAAAGCGAGGAUGUUUACGAUGAGGAUGAUGAUCCAGAUGAUGCUGGUGCGGACAUGGAAGACAGUGGGGAUGAUGAAUUAGGCAUAAACGGGGAGGAUACGGAUGAAGAAGAGCAGGAGGAGAAAUAUUGGGAUGAGGAGUAUAAAAAGGCAUUGCGUAGCAAUGAAGCAAUGGAAAAUCUGGUGAAACGGAGUGCGGAAAUUUCUACCAAGAACUAUCAGAGGCAGCUGAGGGCAAUGGAAAAGAAAGGAGGAGAGGAAAGCAACACAGAUGGAGAUGAACUGGCCAUGUGGGGACGAAAACCGAAACUGAGUGCAGAAGAAUGGAGAUAUGCUGGGUAUGGUCCAAACCGGAGGAGGAUUAAGAAGAGUAAAAUCCCUCCCGAACUGUUCCUGCGAGCUGCUGUUCGACCCUUCACUUACAAGAAUCUUGUAAAGGAGAUUGUUUUGACUAGACAUGCAAUUCUGGAGGGUGAGAUUGGUCAGAAGCGUUGAUGGUGCUUCAUCAUCUCAGAGGGAAGCUAUAUGAUGUUGAGCUCUUGUAUCAGUAUGUUUACUUGGGGACUGAUUGAAUCUUCCUCGGUUAGUCCUGAGAAGUGAUGCAUGCACAAAGGCUAUGUGGUGUCCUAAUGGAAAUGUAAAUGUUGUCCAAGUAAGAGAGUACAAUGAAAGUUUUGACAGAUGCAACAUUAAAAUAUGCAACUGUAACUCAUUCUUGAGGAGUUACAAGUCUCGUGUUAACACGCAGAAUGCAUCCCUACCAUCAUGCCUGUGUUUAUGUUUAUUGACUUGGUCAUCUCUGAAUUGCACUAUGAUGGGUUCUAUACUAGCAUUUCUAUUAUUUUUCAGAAACAUGAUGUUCCCAAUUGGGACUUUGUUAUAUGGAUAGACAUAUGAUCUAUGGGGCAAGUAGGAGUACUUUGUGUGCAA